CCUUCUCUGCCCAUUCUGUUGUCAAGCGGAGGAAAGGAAAAGGAGGCCGAUCCGAACCCUGACAAUCUGGGUUCUGAUUUUUUUUUUUCCCUAAGAAAUAGUUGAGCUCGCAUUUGGUCUUACUGUUGGUGACAUAGUGGGAAUGUCAGGAAGCUUUGCUUUUAAAGCAUAGAAUGUCUGUUUACUCUUCCAGAGAACACCGUGGUAAUUAGGAUUUAGCCUGUGUAUUCUCAAAGGACUCUGGCUGGCGGGGAUGAUGUUGUAUGGUCAUCUCCAUUUUUCUCAAGGAAUCUUCACUUGGGUUGCUUCAACCACCCCCACUCUCUCUCCAUCUCCUUAGCGCCUUAGGUCCCGGCUUCUGGAAUUACAGUUUUAACAGCAAAUCACCAGUUUUCACUGAGGGUCUCUUCUUCCGCAGACCCUGCUUUGGGUAUCUACUACUGGAGAGGACAGAGCUUUCGAAGAGAAACGCAAAGAACAGGAAGAAAGAGAGUAUCAAAUGAGAGAGCGCAUCCUGCAACAGAGGAAGCAGAAGUUUGAGGAGGUCACUGAAAAAUUCCAGCGUGCCCAUGUCCCUCUGUCUCAGAGGAGGAGGGCAGUUUUUCACAAUCCAGUUCCUCCAUUAGAAGAGGCCCUUAAACAAAUUCAAGAAUCCAACUUAAAAUCAGAAGUAAACAUUCCUCUUUCCCACAGACCAGCAACAAGUUGGCGAGCUAUAGAUUCUGCCUUGCCUUCAUCGUUGUCAAAAAAUGAUCACAAACAUCAAAAAUAUCUCGUGCACAGAAUUAACUGUGAUAAAGAAAUGAAGGAAAACAACAUAGCAAACGUAGCUACUAACAAAAAUGUGUUCCAGCUUAAACUGGAGGAGACUCAGAAGCUCCUAGAGAAUCAACACCUAAGCAGUUUGCAAAAAUUUUGUGAUGAAGUUAAUCAGAUAACCAAUUCUGAAACUCUCUCAAGUAUAGACAGCCUUGAGGCUGCAGAGCGUGAAGAAAUAUACAUAACACUUAGUAUGACUCCUUCCACGUCCGCCCAGCAGAACUCUGUUCCCCUCAGGUCAGCAAGUCUGCAGUCGGCUCAUUUAAACUGCUAUGAUGAAGAUAGACUGUCUUUCUCUAAAACUCAGCAUAUAAACAAUUGGCUCACAAACUUAGAUGCUCAAAGUACUCAGCCUGUCACAUCUUUUUCAGAUAUUUUAAAUAAAUCUAGUGUUCUGCCAUCGUGGGAAUGUUUGAGUAAUAAAGAACAAAGCCCACCUACCCCGGGCAGGGCUGUGGAGAGAGCCACGAGAACCGCUAAUGACUCCGUGCUCUUUGUAUGUAGUCCUUCCGUAGUUGCUCUAGAGAGAAAAAGAGAGAACGCCUCUAAAGGGAGCACUGUGAGGACCAGUGAUCCCGUUUACGGAACACCCCAAGGGGAGAAGUCGUCCAGUGAACCCGCUUACGGAACACAAGGGGAGAGGCCGUGCAGUGCCAAGAGCCCAGCAUUUAAAGUCAGUGGAGCCUGGACUACUCCAGAAUCUCUAACCCAGGAAGCAGCUUCGUUUUGCAUCCAAGAGAGACUAUCUGAGUUAAGUCAAGGAAACAGAACCGCUUCCAUUCCUGCCUCAUCUGCACCCCUUCUGCCGCCUAACUCACAGCCUGGUGGGCCUUCAUCCGAAAACAGCACACCCAUAAAAGAGGUCGAGGCCAUGCCCAGCUCUGAUAAGUUAGAUGAGCUGAAAGAUGUGAGAUGUGAAAAGGUAAACCAUUUUAACUGUAAUAAAGAAAAGUUGUCUUUACUUUCAGACCAUUUCCAGGCCGCCUGUGCACCUCAAACUUCUAAUUCAAAAGCGAGAAAACCAACAGCAAGUGGGCCGUCAGCACCCCCGUGUGACGUAGCUCCUGACUGUGACUUGCCUGACCGCCACAGUGUGAAACACAACACCCGUGGACAAAAUGGGGUGAGGCUGCUGAAGAGUAUAUUAAAGAAGGAAUCCAGAUACGACCACGAUUAUCUCAAGGCACUAGUUCUAAAUCAAGGUUUUCGGUUCAGACAUCAAAAGGCAGAAGCUAUUAGAGAUAGUAUUGAAUUAGCAAAACAAAAGGAGAAAGCCAUAGGAACCCCAAAGAUUACCAAGAAGCUACGGUGGCUUGAUGAAAGUGAUGACGUAGGAAGGUGUGGAGAUGACAGCUACCCGGUGAGGAACAGGGCAGGAAUGACUUCACGGUGGUUACAGCACUGUCACACCGACCUUGUGCAGGUGCCGACCUGCAACCUAACGAACGCGCCUGACCAUACUGCACACACUGCUGCUGCUGGAAACAGGGCCACGGCUGACGGUGUCUCUGAAAGUGUCACUGGCUCAGGAGGAUGUGAGAUGGACAGUGUUCCUUUGGGCUCUUCUACACCUUCAGGCUAUAGCUUUGCUAAACAAGCCUGGCCAGCCUGCAAAAGGGAAGAGAACAAAGCCCCUGGGCAUGCUGGUGUCGCUAAGACUCAGAAGUCCAAGCCUCCUAGGGCAGCAAAGGGGACGAGAAGGGCAGGGUCUGCAAAGGUCCAGACAGGCCUUGUUUAUAUGAACAGGAAAACCACUAUCAGCCAGCCACCAUCUUCAAGCAAAGCCAACACACAGGCCCAAACUCAGGGUAAACUAAUUAUACCUCAUCCUCUGCCUAAACCACCGACAAGCAUUAAAAAUGGUAAAAAUAUGCAAAUGUCUCCAUGUCAGUUAGCCACACCUGAACAGUCUCAAAAUGUCAUGACACAGAGCUGUUUAAGUUCAUGCAUGCUUCCAACAGAGUACCGUUUGAACCAGUGGACUCAAGAAAGUCAUCCCCCAUUCUCAGAUGCUUGUUCUGACCUCCUCGCUGUGACCCCAGCCCUACCAUCCCCUCACUCUUCAGAAUGCCAAACCUCAGCAAAAGCAAACUAUUCGAAUGGCCCUCGCACAGGCUUGCAGCAAGACGGGACAGUAUAUUGUACCCAAGGAAGUCCUGUUUGUGAAGAGAGCAACCAGUCGUUAGCUCAUAGGAAUGCCGAAGAGGAGUCAGUUCUCUCAUGGAGAGGAAGGAACAAUGGGUGCCAAAAUGACAGGGCCACUGAUUCUACUGUUACAAGAAGAAAGCAAGUUGUUGAAAAUAAGUGGAGAAACCUGUUAGAGCAGAAAAGAAUAAUCUCGGGAUCUGCAGGAAUGAAGUACACCGAGCAAAUGAUUCAUUUUGGACAAAGUGUCCCACUAAGUACAAGUGACCCAGCACAAGCUACAAGAGGCCCCACGAGUGCAGAAGACAUCCAGUUUGACCAACACCAUUUGUUGGAAAUGCUUUCUUUUUCCAUCGCAUAUUUCUGGAUUCUUUAUCAAAAAUCAGUUUCAGGGAGUCCCUCUGAGUGCUUGGUGGCAGAGAACCUAGUGCCUCCUUCAGUACCUGAAGAUGAGAUUCUGACUGCCAUAAACAGCAAGCCGCUACAGAAACCAGAUCUGUCCUUGAGUAAGACCCAGCCAGCCAACUUCUGCGCCGUGUCAGCUGAGGAGCAGAAAGUCCUGCAGUCCCUCCGUCGCCUCAAUGAAAGGCUGUACUAUGUACAAGAAGCCAUUUGCAAAAACCCAUCCAUCAAAAAUACUUUACAGUUAAUACCACUUCUGAACAGCCACCCAAGGACCAGGCUCUCCCCUGACGUUGGAUCCAGAUUGCAGAAAAAAUGCUGAUCAACUGUGACAGUCACUACUUAGUGGAAUCAUUAUUUUUGAGAAUCCUGUAAAUAAAUUCUGUAUUUCUGCAUUUAUUAAUGAUUUAAAAUAUUAGACUUUUAUGUUUAUAAAAGCAAAUCAUAAUGUAUGUAAUCGAAAUGAAUUUACUAGCUUAUAUUUAUGCUACAAAUUAUACUUUAUUAUGUAUUUUCUUGAUACAUUUUAAUGAAUGAAAUACUUCAUUGCUUUCAAUAAGCAUGCUGAUAUAAAUUUUCUCUAUUUAAAAAUAAAAGAGGCUAUUUUAUUAUUCAAAUUAUGUAUUAGGAAUGAUAGUGAAGCUUUGUUUUCUGAAAUUCCUAAUUCUAAUAAAUUUUUGUAAAAGUAUCCAAGAAGCUUAUGAUUAAUAACACCCCCCCACAAAUAAUAAAGCUAUUUGUCUAAGA